AGCGCACAGCACAUAUUUACAUAUUUAUCUAAUUGUCACUCUCAACAGUGUGCGUGGCGUCAGAUAUUUGAUAACAGUAUAUCGCUGCUCACGUAUUUCGAACUUCGUUUUUCCCCUAAACGAAGAAUAAAAAGAACUUCGCCAUGAGUAUAUCGUGGCCUUUAUAGGAAUGCCACCCUGGAGGACAAAACAAGGCUUUCCUCCAUUGGUCCAUUGGUCUCUGCGGCAGUCACAUGACUGAAAACUAUGAAUAGUAUCUCUUCAGUACAUUAUCAAAAGGUGUGAUGUAGAUGUAACACAGCCAUUAGGUUUUUGUGCUUGAACAGAGUUUGCCGCUAAAACAGUAAAUGUUCUCACUGUACCAUAUGACUAAAUCAAGGUUUCCGAGGUUGACGCAGAGCCAGAGACAGACAAGACUGUGGAGGGGCUAGCUGAAGGGAACAGGAGCCAGAGUAAGACCCAGAGCCAGGAUGGAACUAAAAUGGAACUGACCAACAGAGGUGAUGACGUGAAAGGUGGAGACCCAGGGUGACACAGAAGGCCUGGAGGGCCAAGGAGGGGCUGCAGGCAUGCGUGAUCAAGGUGGAGAUGGGGGUGGUAUGAUGGAAGACAAUGGCAGAACUGGAGGGAAGGAGGAGCCCAACAGAGCCAGAGGGUUGGAGGCAAAGCUGGAGAUCUGGAAUUCUGAAACGGAGCCAGAGUGACGAUAGACCAAGGCAAAGUCAGAGGGAUGAGAGAGCCAGGCAGAGCCUGAGGGAUUUCAGACCAUUGUGGAGCCAGCUACAGCGAUAGUAUGGGAUUUCCUGGAAUGACGCGUGUUCUACUUCGGCAGCAGAUCCCAGGGGCUGCCAUGGAUCGUGUUAGCCUACUCUGGCGGUUGAGGCGUCGGGCUCGUCGAGGAGCCCUGUGCAUGGCUCUGUUCUGUAUGACUAUGGCUCUCCUGUACACCUUUUGCGCUGAAAACAGCAUACCUGUCACAGAUGCCAUUUUUGGUGUGAAGGCGAGAACUCGAGCUCAACCAAGAGCGCACUCAAUUGUUAAGGUAUUGCGGGGAACAGGAGGGUCGAAACCCAUGUAUACUGACCCUCAAAAGCUCCCAGGUGUCAUUCCUGGAGAUCCUCAGAAGCCUAUUCCCAUCCUGUCAUCUUCUAACUACACAAUGGAGAGCAGUUCUAAAGACCACAGCCUCAGGGGCAAAAGAAGAGAGCGUGGGCUAUUUUACUGGCUUUUGGCGCAACCGCUGAGACGUGUUUUAGAGACUAUUUUUGGAGGCAGACGGAGAGGAGAUAUGGGUGCUGCAAGUGGGGAUGCUGUUGUUUUUGGGCCUAAUGGAGCACUUGGAGAGGUCUGGAAUGAGGAGAUGUCAAGCACAAUGCUGGGAAAAAGGUUGAGGAAGGUGGUGCAGAACUAUCAGGCAAUGAAUAAAUAUGGAGUUAAGUACCGACCUGAGAGUGCAGCACAUCGUUCCAAACUCAGUGGCCCUGAACUUCUCUGUCAAAUCAAGGAGAUGGUUCAAAUUGCAACUUUAACACCAGAUAUGGAGCCAUUUUCUGGGUUUCCCUGGGCUUCUCAGUUACCUCCGCACCAAAUAACCACUGACAUUGGCCCGUUUAAGACCUGCGCGGUGGUAUCAUCUGCAGGUUCUCUCAAAAACUCUGGAUUAGGAAAGGAAAUAGAUACACAUGAUGCGGUGAUACGGUUCAAUGCCGCACCAACAACAGGCUUUGAGAAAGAUGUGGGCUCUAAAACAACAGUGCGACUGAUCAAUUCCCAGGUAAUGGCAUCUGAAGACCACCAUUUCCUCUCCAGUUCUUUGUACAGUGCAGGGAUUUUAGUGAGCUGGGACCCUGGCCCUUAUUCCUCUGAUCUACAGGAGUGGUUCAACAAGACAGAUUACCCUAUAUUUAAACAAUAUCAGCGAUAUCGUCGCUUACACCCCCAACAGCCAUUUUAUAUUCUACACCCACGGAUGGAAUGGCAGCUGUGGCAGCGAAUACAAGACAAUAUGGGCGAGACUAUACAAAAAAACCCACCCUCAUCAGGCCUGCUGGGCACAGUUUUAAUGAUGUCCCUGUGUGAAGUGGUACAUGUGUACGAGUUCCUGCCUUCGCGGCGGAAAACCGAGCUGUGCCACUACUACCAGCGCUUCAGUGAUGCUGCCUGCACCCUAGGUGCCUACCACCCAUUAUUAUAUGAGAAGAACCUGGUAAAGAGGAUGAACCAGGGGUCUGACCAUGACAUCUAUACACAUGGCAAGGUCACUCUCCCAGGGUUCACAACAUUUAACUGCACUCAUAGCUCCAAUUCUAACACUCUGUCAAAGACAUAAUUUGAGGGUAAACUGAUUUUCUUGGCACACUUUCAGAAUGUAACAGUGAAGCGCAUGAUUUAGUCUACAACUGCAACAAGUAUUCAGUCUGGUCUCUGAGAUCAGAAGUCGGCUCACUGGUGGAGAAUGAAAAACUAACUCACUUACUUAAAGGAACUUAAUUCAUAUGGACACAAAAUGUUGAAUAUAGUGGCAAGUUCUGUAUAUGUGUAAACUACUGUCCGUCGUUCCCUAACUAGUCCCAUAGUGGUAAAUUCAUACUGUUUGCUGUUAAUAGAAAAAAGAUCUCAAUACCACAUAUCUGCCUCUUAUGUGAGAUGCAAGCACUGACUUUCAAACACUGCCUAAUAGGGGUGUAACGGUACACAAAUGGUACGUACCUCAGUAUUGAAGCUAUGGUUCGGUACAGCAGGGGGAAGAAAACUAAAGAUAAAGUUUCUUCUCUUUUAUUAAACAGUGGUUUAUUGAACAAAUUCUCCCUCUCUCUUUAAAUAAGUUCAAUUAUAAUUAACAUUUUCUUAACGAUAAAAAAAAUCUAUCUCAGCUAAUGCUGUAUAUAUACAGGGAGCCCUUUCUUGCACAUUACUAUAAUAUUAAAGGUUACAAUUAACAACAGAGCCCGAACUAUUCAUUUCAGUUGCUAUUUAUUUUUAGAUAUAAUAAUCAACGCUCAAAAAAAAAAAAAGUAAAUUGGACACAAGGCAGGUUUUGCAUUAACUUCUAAAUCUAAUUAUAAAAUAAUUUUUCAAUUAUUUUUCUAUUCUAAUUCAUUUUUGAAAUAUAAUCAUUUACACAGUUACUGUCAUAACUUAUUUUCAUGACAAAUUUAUUAUAUAUUAAAAAAUUAAGACAUUAAUAACAGCUAAUGUAAAUAUAAUUAAUAUAGUAAAGCUGCAAGCAGCAAUGAAUGGGCCCUCGCACCCGUGCCACCGCCACCCGGUGGCUUUAGGAGUUCACAGUGUAAAACAUGAAUUUUCCUGUUGCCUGCAGGUGGCGCUAUGACUGUAUAUGACUGGCAUGUAGAUGUCUUCAGGCCAGGACUCUAAGGCCGCCACGGACACGCCCUUCAGCCAAAGCUUGAGAUCUUCGCAAUUUAAUGUCGGCCUUUAGAUUAGACUGACCAAAUAUGAUGUUUAUCUGAUAAAAUCUAUCAGAUUUUUAAAAUCUUAAAAGUACAAUGUCUGGAAAUGGCAGAAACUGCAAAAAUUUUGCAGAGAAAAUUCAAAAUAUCUCACGUCCUGUUGGGUUUUCAGAUUUUGCUCCCAGGGACUUUUUUGUAGGUAUUGGGCUGUCACAUGUGUCUACCAAAUUUCAUACUUGUACGUGAAAUGUAGCCUGAAGGGCGCUUAAUUGAAAUUUUGUAGGUGGUGCUAUCGAGCCAUUUUGCCACACCUAAUUCUGAAAACCUUAUCAGAUGUAAAUUUUUCACCACUUCUGAUGCGUGUGCAAAGUUUCAUGAGUUUUCAAAAAUGUGAUUCAUUUUGAAAAAGAAGAAUAAUUGACUGAGCAAUUACAAUAGGGUCCUCACACCAUCAGUGCUCGGGCCCUAAUAAGCUAAUAUAUUCCAUAUAUUUAGUGAAAUGCUCCCAUCUAGAGUUAAUUUCUCUAGUGAACUAACAUGCUGUGGACACUAAAUGACUUGCCUGAGGUAAAUGUAAUGCUACGUGAGAUAUUAUUCUCAAGCCGAUUUAUUGAUGUUUUUCCGCGGUUAAAACACUGGUUGAGAGAUUACACGCAAACACAACUAUGCAUAGAUCGUCUGUCUUUUGUCUUUUCCUGUUGUGGCGAUUGACAAACAUUGUUGCAUUACUGCGCGCGACCCCUUCUGGAUUGGAAUGUGGAUCGCCUGUGACUGUAUUCGUCAUCUGACUGUAUGCACCGAACCGUGACGUCCGUACCGUGACCUUUCGGGACAAAUACAUGUACCGUUACACCCCUACUGCCUAAUGUGACACAUUAAACGAUUAGUUCACUUUCAAAUGAAAAUUACCUCAAGCUUUACUCACCCUCAAGCCAUCCUAGGUGUAUAUGAUUUUUUUCUUUCUGAUGAACACAGUCGGAGAAAUAUUAAUAAAUAUCCUGAUGCAUCCGAGCUUUAUAA